AGAUCAUUCAGUACCCGGAAGUGAUACCAUUUUCAAACUUUGGCGGCUGUGAGUAGCGAUCGUAGCCCAGUUAAGCAUCUACAAUGGAGAGCAGUCUAUCCAGACUACUCGUUGAGCUGUCUGUCAAAAUCAGCCGCAGCGACGGUCGAGUCCACCUAGCCACGGUCAAGUCGGUGAAUACUGUCAAGUCCGUGGUUAUGGUCGAGUGGUACGAAAGAAACAUCUGCAGAGGAAAGGAGGUCGAAGUCAGUGACCUGUGCACACUGAAUCCGGAGCUUCUUGACCAUGUAAAGGCUGCCGUCCACCACGUCACAGACCCAGCUCCUCCUGCUCCAGACAAGAAGUAUGAGGGUCGACUGCGCUCAUCCAGGAUUCCUGCCCCUUCCUCCUCUUUUGUUCACGCAGUCCCUCAAGCUCAGGAUGAAGUUGCCAGUCGGACUCAGAACAGGCAGACCUGUCUCUUCCAGGUCCCAGCUCCUGUUCUGGCACCGGUCCCGACCCCUGAGUCUUCUCAGGCGAACGUGGAGACGGUCGCCUCUGAUCUCCCCUCUUCAUCUGUCCUCACGAACUCCGCGCUUCCGAAUCAGCAGCGUAAGAAGGAGGCCAAACUACCACAGCCGCUACCUUUUCCCUGUAAGGCGAUAAAGGAGAGCGAAGAACCAGAGCGAAUGCCUCCGUCUGCAGCCAAAGGCAGAAGAAAAUCUGUGGCUGCCCAAGAGCUACACAAAGGCAGCAAAAGAUUGUCUUGUGUUGUAAAGCCCUCCGACACGCAGGUCAAGAGGGGAAAGUUCGGAGAGGCUUCUCGCCCAAACCAGAAGUUCUAUGAAAUGAUCCAAGACUUCAGAGAGACCUUGGAGAUAACCCCCAUGGCAACAACCGACCAUAUUGAGCCUCACAAGAUUUCUGUGUGCGUUCGCAAGCGGCCCUUUAACAAACAAGAGAUGACUAAAAAGGAGAUAGAUGUGGUGUCUGUACCUGGAAAUGGUGCUCUGCUGGUCCAUGAGCCAAAGCAGAAGGUGGACCUCACCAAGUACUUGGACAACCAAGUCUUCCACUUUGACUUCUCCUUCAAUGAGACCGCCACCAACGACCUGGUCUACAAGUUCACAGCCAAACCUUUGGUGCAGUCCACUUUUGAAGGCGGCAUUUCAACAUGUUUCGCCUAUGGCCAGACUGGGAGUGGGAAGACUCAUACGAUGGGAGGUGAUUUCACAGGGAAGCAGCAGAACACCGCUAAAGGAAUCUACGCCUUGGCAGCCCAGGAUGUUUUCACCUAUCUGAACCACAGGAAGUAUGCACACCUGGAUCUCUCUGCUCAUGUCAGCUUCUUUGAGAUUUACAAUGGAAAAGUAUAUGACCUGCUGAAUAACAAGGCCAAGCUCCGUGUUCUGGAGGAUGAGCGACAGCAGGUUCAGGUUGUGGGCCUGGAGGAGAUCUAUGUGUCCAAAGCAGAGGAGGUCAUCAAGUUGAUCCAGCUGGGCAGUGCAUGCAGAACAUCAGGCCAGACCUCUGCCAACGCCAACUCCUCUCGCUCUCACGCCAUCCUACAGAUUGUCCUGCGGCGCAACGGCCGCGCCGCCACGCUGCACGGCAAAUUUUCCCUGGUCGAUUUGGCCGGCAACGAGCGCGGCACUGACGUCCGCAGCAAUGACCGCAACACGUUAGUGGAGACCGCCGAGAUCAACCGCAGCCUGCUGGCUCUCAAGGAGUGUAUCCGUUCACUGAGUAUGAACAGCGAUCACAUUCCUUUCAGACUCUGCACUCUGACCAAAGUCCUCAGGGACUCCUUCAUUGGAGAGAAGUCCAGGACCUGCAUGAUUGCUAUGGUGUCUCCAGGCAUGGCGUCGUGUGAAUACACAAUGAACACACUAAGAUAUGCUGACAGGGUGAAGGAGCUGAAGGGAAACACCAAGGCUAGUGGAGCGAAGGCACAGGAGCCUCUGGAUAGCUCCACAGAGGAGGAAUCUGUUGAGGAUGCCAGUGUAUAUGAUGCCAUGUCCCACGUCGCAGAGCAGGAGGAGAAGAUUUAUGCCCACUUACUGAAAGCCGGUGAAAUCGUCAAAACAAUGGGGCAAACCUCUUACGACACCGAGGCCGGACUUCCUGACCUGCUGGAUUAUUCCACUACCUUACAGGACAUGGUAAAGGCUUUGCAGGUUGCGGUAGACCAGGAGAAGAUGUCCCGGCAACAUUACUGAGAUCUACUGACAUGUGACUUGUGUCUACCUGACACAAAGUCUUUGUUUUAAAAGCAGCUUUU